CCAAAGUUAUGCUUUACGAAACUGUCUGGUGAAUGCAAGAGAAGAGAAGCAAGAUCCAAUCUUCCAACAGUUCCUCGGAAGGACAAGAAAACCCAACAAACAAUAAAGAAAGAAGAAAGGCAGAGACUCAGAAAUUCAAUUUCUUUGCUAAUAAUAGCAACAAUCAAGUACGUGAUACAUUCAUUCUUUGAUUCCGGAUUGUUCAUUCACUUUGUUGCUUCCUGCUGCUGAGAUUGUUUUAGAUUGGCAAGUACAUCGUCAAGCUUGGCUGGAACAUUUUGAACCUUUUGUCGCAUCUUUGAGAAUGUACACUAAGACCUUCCUGCAUCGAUGCCAUUUUUCAUCGUAUUGAUGAAUCAUUGCGUAUCUUAUAAAAGAAGAUGAAUUAUAAGUUACAAGGGCUUGAAAUCCAGUCUCAACUUGAAAUGGAAUCACUGGACAACAGUUCAAUACAUGAAUUUGAGGAUGAGAGUCCUUUUACUCCGGGGGCUGAGGCUCAAAAGACACAUUCUAUGCAAGCAGUGGGGGAAUGUUCAUUUUCACGGGGUUCACAAGCUAGUGGUGAUAAAGUGUGGAGAAAUAUAUGCAGAAGCAUAAAGACUGUAGUUUUCUCAACUAAGCUCAACUUGCUUAUGCCCUUUGGACCUCUAGCGAUAUUUGUAUAUAAGUUAACUGGCCAUAAUGGCUGGGUCUUUUUCUUGAGCUUGUUGGGCAUAACACCUUUGGCUGAGCGUUUAGGUUAUGCUACAGAGCAGCUGGCGUUCUAUACUGGAGCUACUGUUGGGGGUCUUUUAAAUGCUACUUUUGGAAAUGCAACAGAACUGAUUAUAUCAAUUUAUGCACUGAAACGUGGAAUGUUACGCGUUGUUCAGCAGUCGUUGUUAGGUUCUAUUCUGUCAAACAUGCUGCUGGUGCUUGGUUGUGCAUUCUUCAGUGGUGGGCUUGUUUUUCAUGAGAAGGAACAGGUGUUUAACAAGGCAACUGCUGUUGUGAACUCAGGGUUGCUGUUAAUGGCAGUCAUGGGCCUACUUUUUCCAGCUGUUUUGCACUAUACUCACACUGAGGUGCAUUUUGGGAAGUCAGAGUUGGCACUUUCAAGAUUUAGCAGUUGCAUCAUGCUUGUGGCAUAUGCCACAUAUCUUUUCUUCCAGUUAAAGAGUCAAAAGAAUCUGUAUGUUCCUCUAAAUGAGGAAGUGAGUCAGAAUGAAGAGAACUCAGAUGAUGAUGAAGCUCCUGAGAUCUCUAAAUGGGAAUCAAUAAUUUGGCUUUCAAUAAUGACGGCUUGGAUCUCAAUCCUAUCGGAAUAUUUAGUUAAUGCCAUAGAGGGAGCAUCUGUAGCAUGGAACUUGCCGGUUGCAUUUAUCAGUGUUAUUUUGCUCCCAAUUGUGGGUAAUGCUGCAGAGCAUGCUAGUGCAAUUAUGUUUGCCAUGAAGGACAAGCUUGACAUUUCUUUGGGAGUGGCAAUAGGGUCAUCAACACAGAUAUCCAUGUUUGGGAUUCCUUUUUGUGUAGUUGUUGGGUGGAUUAUGGGGCGCCCUAUGGACUUGAACUUUCAGCUUUUUGAGACAGCAACACUUUUUAUAACUGUCUUAGUUGUAGCCUUUAUGCUGCAGGAUGGAACCUCUAAUUACUUCAAAGGGUUGAUGCUUAUUCUUUGUUAUCUGAUAGUCGCCGCAAGUUUCUUUGUUCAUGUAGAUCCUUCUCCAGCAGAUGAAACACAAUCGAAAACGUAGUUGUGGAAGAUGACUAUAAACAGACAAUCAAGUCUAUUCGAGGACUGACUACAUACAGAAUGAGAUGUGAUAUUGGAGAUGAUGCACAAUUAGAAACAUAGUCCACGAAGCUGUGGGUUGCUCUGCAAAUAAUUUGGAUCAUCAUCCUGUUUGUACAUAUAUACGAGUUUUCACCUGCUUUUUAGCUUUUGGCCAACUUCUGCUUGUUUUGUUCAAUGAAUAUUAUCAAGCAGGUAUCUUGCUGAGCUCUGGCUUGGAUGUAAACCUUGAAUAAGAUGAGGGGAGUGGUGAAUUUUACAUAGGAAAAACGUGUUCUUCUAUCUUUACAUUUGUGGUAAAAAACCUUUUUUUUAUUUUUUGAAAUUAUGUUACUUUGUAGUC